AUGGCGGCCGACGACAAGGUGGCCAUCCUCACGGAUGACGAGGAGGAGCAGAAGCACAAGUACGUGCUCGCCGCGCCCUUCAGCGGCGCGGCCCGGGGGCAGGAGCCGGCGCCGCCCCGCGAGACGCCGUCCCCCACGGCCACGGAGGCCGCCCCCGCGGAGGGGGAGGAGGAGGGGGCGGACUGGAUGGAGAGGCACUGCGUGAAGGUCAGCAACGACCUCCUCGUCUCCAAGGUCUUCUACCUCUUCUUCUACGCUGCCUACGGCUCGCUGUACCCGCUGCUGCCCGUGUACUACAAGCAGCUGGGCAUGUCGCCCAGCCAGAGCGGGCUGCUGGUGGGCAUCCGCUACUUCAUCGAGUUCUGCAGCGCCCCCUUCUGGGGCGUGGUGGCCGACCGCUUCAGGAAGGGCAAGGCCGUCCUCCUCUUCUCCCUCCUGUGCUGGGUCCUCUUCAACCUGGGCAUCGGCUUCGUCAGGCCCGCCACGCUGCGCUGCGUCCCCAAGGCGCCCCCCACCGCGCGCCCCGCCACCGCCAGCCACCCGCCAGCCCUCCCGCCCGCCAGCGCCUCCUUCGUCCCCGCCGGGACGCCGCCCCCCGGGCCGCGGGGGAGGAGAGACCUGCCCCCGACCGGCGGGCCCGGCCUCACGGCCACGGACCCGCCCGCCGCCCCCGCGGCCGCCCCCGGGACCGGCCCGCCCGCUGCUCUGCCGCACACGGACGGCGUCACCGACCUCGGCCAGGACUCGGCCUUGAUCCCGAGCACCGGAGCCCCCGCGCCCCCGGGGACGGUCCCCGGGGGGACCGCCACGACCGCCACGACCACCGCGGCCGCCACGACCACCGCGGCCGCCACGACCACCGCGGCCGCGACCCCCAGGGCCCCGCCCUCCGACCAGGCCACGCUGGUGUACGACCAGCAGGAGGUGGAGGCCAUCUUCCUGGUGAUCCUGGUGGUGGUGAUCGUCGGCGAGUUCUUCAGCGCCUCGUCCGUCACCAUCGUGGACACGGUGACGCUGCAGUACCUGGGCCGGCACCGGGACCGCUACGGGCUGCAGCGCAUGUGGGGCUCGCUGGGCUGGGGCCUGGCCAUGCUGUCCGUGGGCAUCGGCAUCGACUACACCCACGUCGGGGUGCUGGUCCACGGCGAGGGCUGCCGGCCGCCCGAGAGCCGCAACUACCAGGUGGUGUUCAUCGUGUUCGGGGUCCUCAUGACCCUGGCCCUGGCCGUGGCCACCCAGUUCCGCUUCCGCUACGGCCACCUCCGGGGCGGGGAGGGUCUCGGCAAGGAGGCCGAGGGCCCGGCCGAGCGCGGCAGCCCCACGGAGUCCGCCGAGGGGGUGCCGGCCGCCGGCCCCGCGCGGGCCGCCAGCUUCCGGGACCUGCUGCGCCUGCUGUGCAGCGUGCAGUACGGCUCCGUGCUGUCCGUGGCCUGGUUCAUGGGCUUCGGCUACGGCUUCGUGUUCACCUUCCUCUACUGGCACCUGGAGGACCUCGACGGCACCACCACGCUCUUCGGCGUGUGCUCCGUGCUCAGCCACGUGUCCGAGCUGACGGCCUACUUCUUCAGCCACAAGCUCAUCGAGCUCAUCGGCCACAUCAGGGUUCUGUACAUUGGCCUGGCCUGCAACACGGCACGCUACAUCUACAUCUCCUACCUGGAGAACGCCUGGACCGUGCUGCCCAUGGAGGUGCUCCAGGGCGUGACGCACGCGGCCAUCUGGGCGGCCUGCAUCUCCUACCUGAGCGCCGCGGUGCCCCCCGAGCUGCGCACGUCGGCCCAGGGCAUCCUGCAGGGCCUGCACCUGGGCCUGGGCCGCGGCUGCGGGGCCAUGGUCGGCGGCGUCCUGGUCAACUACUUCGGGGCCGCGGCCACCUUCCGGGGCAUCGGCAUGAGCUGCCUGGCGAUCCUGCUGCUCUUCGCCCUGAUCCAGUGGCUGGCCGUGCCGGAGGACGACAAGACCAUGCUGGCCGAGAGGAUCCCGGUUCCGUCCAGUCCCGUCCCCAUAGCGACCAUCGGCUUGGUGCAGCAGCCGCCGGAGGACGCACUGCCACGGGCGGAGCUGCGCCCGCCGCCCAGGAAGACCCGGCACCAGGAGGAGCAGGAGGACGCCAGCAAGCCCGCCUGGGGCAUGAGCGCCUGCCCCUGGGUGACCUUCGUCUACGCCCUCUACCAGGUCAAGGAGAUGAUGCGGCUGGCCCGGGAGAGCCCCGCCUCCGAGGUCCAGCCUCUGCAGAGGACCAGUGAGAACCGGGGAGCCUCUCCCGCCACCGGAGCCCGGCCCGGCUCCCGCGACGUGCCCGCCAGCCCGCCCGCCAGCCCGCCGUCCCCGCCGCUGCCGAGCAGCCCCGCCCAGCCCGGCGCCCUCCCGCCAGCGGAGGAGGCGGGGGGCGCGCAGGCCCUGCCCUGCGCCCGGGGCCCCUGA